AUGGCUGCAAGGGGCAAGGCCGGUAAAACCAAGAAAGUGGCCGUUGCUGGCGGUAAGGACUGCUUUCAGGACCUCCCGGAACCUGUGCUCGAGCUUCUGCUGUCGUUCCUGCCCUCGCGUGACGCCGUGAGGACGUCCGUGCUCGCUCGCCGCUGGCGCACCCUCUCGAAGUCGGUGCCAGCCCUGCGCUUCUAUCCUUCUCAGUUCGACACUGUCCAGGCCUUCAACAAUUUUGUUAAUACAUUGCUUGAGCACCGUGACAGAACAUCCCCUCUUCAUGAAUGCGACAUCUUUCCCUAUCCCCAUGGCCAAGAAGAUGAGGCACGCCGUUAUGUUGAAUCGUGGGUCCAGUAUGCUGUCUCGUGCCAAGUAUACGUGCUUCGAGUCAAAGACUGGAGUGUGAGUGUUUAUGGUUCUCGUUUGAAUCUAUCCAGCAGCAGUGUAAUCUCCAAGCACUUGACAAGGCUAGAGUUUUAUCAUCUGGCAUUUGACAGAAGCCCUCUAGAUCUUCUCAGCUGUCAGGCACUAGAGCUGUUAGACAUAGGUGAUUGUUCUAUCAAGCUUUGGGGUGUCUUCCCCAAAUCUUUACGGCAUCUGAAAAUCAGAGAUUCAAGUCUUUAUUCCAUGCAAACACCAUGGAGCUGCUUUUCUGCUCCAGGUCUUCUUACCUUUGAACUAGCUGACCCUCAUGACUGGGCCCUGUUUCUUGAGAGCCUGCCAUCGCUGGUAACAUCAUUUAUCAGGAUUGGCGAAGAUUGUGAAGAUAAUUAUGCUCAUUAUAAUUACCUUGGGGAUAGUGGUAACGAGUUAUGCGAAGAUAAUUGUUGUGUAUUUCUCGAAGGGUUGGCGGGUGCUACAAAUUUAGAGCUGAUAAGUGAAUAUUGUAUGAUUUUCAGAAAGGACUUGAAAUGGUGCCCUAUGUUUAGCAAGCUAAAAACACUGUUGCCCAAUGAAUGGUGUUUGACUGCAAACUUCACUGGACUACUUCACUUUCUUCAGCACACACCAAUUCUAGAAAAGCUUACCCUUCAACUUCCAUCUCGCAAGGAUUUUGACAUUGUAUCAAGUAGAAGCUACAACCCAGCGGAAUAUUUCUUGGUGUCAAAGCAUCUCAAGGAAGUUGAAAUCCAUUGUAGCAAGGAGGAUGAAUGGAUUUGUCAAAUUGUGAAAAUCCUUGGCAUUCAUGGAGUAACUUCUGCACAGAUUAGCAUCAAACAUGAUUCUUGGAGUUCUUUCAGGUUCAGUUUCCAGCAGCCAAAGUAGAUGUCCCUGAAUUAAUCUUGGCAGCAUGAGGUUGUUGUGUUUUAUCUACCUGGAUCGUGCUCACGUCCAUUCAUAUGAAGGACGGACUCCCGUUGAGAUGCGAUUUGAAUAGGUUCAAAUGUCGCUGUAGUGAUGUUGCACUUUUGCCCGGUCUCAGGCCUCAACUGAUUUACCUAUUGAAGGCAUGUGAUCUAUGUAUAUGUUUCAGCAACCUGUAUGUCUAGCUUCACUUGUGUAAAAUUGUACCUGUUCUAUGUUUCAGCAACAUCUAUAUCUAGCUUAACUUGUGUAAAAUGUUGCCUGUUCUGUUAUAUCGAGUACUGCUUUAGUUUACCUGUAUACUCCCUCUGUACCGUAAUAUUUGCCUCUGGAGUAUCUAGCUUAA